GGCCCCCGGCCCCGUUCCCUCAGCACCCCGCGCUCGUGCCCAGCGGUCGCCUCCUAUCCCGAAUCUCUGUGAGGCUCGGAGCGACUCUGCUGUGCGUCUUUGCGGGGCGGCCGGGCUGAGGCCUGCCGCGGGCGGUGCGUCCUCUCAGACCUGACCCCGCGUCUCCGCGCAGCUCCGGUGAGGCCGUCGCCGUCGCCUCGAGAUGCUGCGGCCGGGGUCCGCGCGGCGCUGGUUGGCCGCCGCGGGCCGUUGGAGCUGCAGGCUGCUCGCGCUGCUGCUGCUGGUGCCGGGGCCCGGCGGCGCCUCUGAGAUCACCUUCGAGCUGCCCGACAACGCCAAGCAGUGUUUCUACGAGGACAUCACGCAGGGCACCAAGUGCACCCUCGAGUUCCAGGUCAUUACUGGUGGUCACUAUGAUGUUGAUUGUCGAUUAGAAGAUCCUGAUGGUAAUGUGUUAUACAAAGAGAUGAAGAAACAGUAUGAUAGUUUUACCUUCACAGCCUCCAAAAAUGGGACAUACAAAUUUUGCUUCAGCAAUGAAUUUUCUACUUUCACACAUAAAACCGUGUAUUUUGAUUUUCAAGUUGGAGAAGACCCACCUUUGUUUCCUAGUGAGAACCGAGUCAGUGCUCUUACCCAGAUGGAAUCUGCCUGUGUUUCAAUUCAUGAAGCUCUGAAGUCUGUCAUCGACUAUCAGACUCAUUUCCGUUUGAGAGAAGCUCAAGGCCGAAGCCGAGCAGAGGAUCUAAAUACAAGAGUGGCCUAUUGGUCAGUAGGAGAAGCCCUUAUUCUUCUGGUGGUUAGCAUAGGGCAGGUGUUUCUUCUGAAAAGCUUUUUCUCAGAUAAAAGAACCACCACAACUCGUGUCGGAUCAUAACUACGUUUUGAGAAUUGAUGCACCAUUGCCACUGUAAUAUUGCUGUCCUCCAAUUAAUUUUAGGUACCGAAGAACUUAAUAUUGGCAACAUUUUUAAAACCUUACUCAUACACUUGUUGGGGGGGAUGUACAAUGCAUAUCCCCAAACUGUCGAAAGGACACCUUUUUUUAUUUGUAAAGGUAGAAAAACUUUGGAACUUAUUUUGGGCUAUUCAUGUUAAAUAUUCAACACCAAUGAUCUGCUCUUUUCUUGGUUGUUUAUAUCUUCUCUUCGCACACUAAACUUUGGUAUUUUGAUUCCUUUUAGCCAUUUAAAAGUACUUUUCUUAUUGGUAGUGGAUAUUGUAAAAACCUUCAAUUUAAUGUCUACAUGUAUUGUGGAGGAAGAAAAUUGUCUUUUAAUUGUUUAUAGUAAAUAAAGUUUUGUUUUUAAGAAAA